AUGCCGUCAGGAGCUGCUGCUGAGCCUCAAUGGGUUCAUAUGGAAGCUAUGUCGUUCUUGGAAAAGAAUGAAUACCACGGGCAGACCAUCUCAAACGUGGACAAAAGCGGACGAUUCAAGACAACUCUCGAUCUUGACCUUGAUCUUCCAGAGGAUAGGGGCUCCCCCGCAGGGAGCCAGAGGAGCCACAGUCAAGCGUCUUCCCAAGCGUCUUCUGCGGGUAGUGGAAGAAGCCAACCAAGUGCAAAAAGGAGUAGAAGGGAUGAAGAUGAUCAAUCCAGAAUCUCGAGGAUUUUGGAAAGUUAUUCAACGUCGUGUCAAGCAUCUCAUCGCCAUAGUGUUAGUUCGACUGUAUCUCAAUUAUGA